AUGGCCAUCAUUGUGAGCUCGGAGGGGUCCUCGGAUUGCGAAGCCCGUGAGCAGGAGCCGCUCUCUUACGUCCCAUACUGGCUCGAGUGCAGCGUGCUCGACCGACACGAGGCGCACAUUGAUAUGAAGUACAAGGCAUACGUGUACGAUGACGGCGGUGCUGCAUGGAGUCUCCGAGGGAUGUUCGAGCCUCUUGUGCCCGAGCGGGCAAGAAGAGUCAAUGUGCACAGAGAGGUCAAACAGCAACGCCUGCCACUUGAAGUCUUCAUGUACCAGCUCGGGAUCGAUUUCGACUCGGAGUAUUUCCCGUCCAUCCGCCAGGUGGUGGCGAAGGACGAUGGAGGCGACAGCAUUCGCUUUACAAACAGGGAAGAACCUACAGUGUCAACUCUCGGCUUCUUGAUCUGGCAAGUCUGGUGGGCGACAGGCCGACGCAGGAAGGUUGAGCAGGGCCGGGCAGCGGACAUGCUCGUCGGUUUCUUGGGCAGGUGCUGGAGAGGCAAACUCUUCGACGAUGCUGUUGUGCGAGCUGUUUUGGACGGGGUGGGCCAUGAGUGCCCUCGUCGUCGGCCUGACCGUUCUUGUGACCACCUCGCGCCGAUCAUCGCGAGCCGCGUCAACAUUGGGCGCGUCACUUUGCAUGGCCUUACAGAGUUGUUGGUCGCAUUGGCUUCCCACUACUUGCACUGCCCUGCUGCUUCACGCGCUGUGAAGGCCAUAUGCCAGCACCUCGCCUCAACCAUCAACGCAGCCUUGGGCGACAUGGGCCUGGACACGGACAGGCUGAAACACGCGACCAGGGCGGAUCGAACAGCACGGCGCCCACGAGCCGAUGAGGAUUACAAAAAGGCCUUGACAGAAAGAAUUGCCAAAAAGAGGCGUUGCCACGGGAAGGCAGGUGUUGUGGACUUGGCAGGCUUCGGAGCGUCGGCACCAAAGCAUUGGGAUCACCAGGAGAUGAUGGCCUACCAGAAGGCCGCCUACAGGACCCUCGGCGUAGCCAGCGGGGUGUUUUGUCUCCAGGGCGACGGCGCGCGGCUUGGGCAGCCGGCCAAGGAACAUCUGCACAUGGUGCUCCAGCACAACUCUUCGGACCUCGCGUGUGUAUUACCUCCGCAGGCUGCUCCAGAUUGGAGGGGCCAGGGGGUGCUGCGCGGCAAGAUGACCACAUUGCAGAAACAGCUGUGGAUCCGGCGCUGCCACGAUUUCCUCCAUGCCAAGAGGAAGCAGGACAUGGAGGGUAAGGCUUCUCUUCAAAAGGAUCGGGUGGCGAAUGCGCAUUACCUCGAGCUCGUGGACCACGGCUUGCAGGCUGGCGUUGGUUUCGGGCUGAGUAAGUUUAAAGUUGACGGGCUGGCUGCACGGGCUUUGCUUCGCAGCGAGAUGCGGUAUUUCAUUGAUAUCCUCUGCUUGCCAGCCCACAUGCAGGCGAGCGCGCACGGCAGAACCCGCCGGAGCUGCAUUGUUGAUCGCUCCACGCAGGCCACGCGCCUAGAGGUGUGCUGGGACAUCGAGAAGCCCGUGCUCAUUUCCUUCCUGGACCAGGGUUCUGUCGGCUGGAACUGCAAUCAUUGGCUGUUCACUGGGCGGUGCAGGGGAUGGGCCUUUUGCGAUCCAUCGCACAGGCGUCAUGACAGCUGCAUGAACGCUGUUGAAGAAGCAGGCUUAAGUUUCGUCAAGUACGAGGCCCUACUGAUCGAGAAUUUGGGCAAGGGGCCGUGGAAACAACAAUCCAACUUUGGGAAAUUUUCCGAGGCAGCGGCCGAGUAUUUCAAUAACGUGGACGAGUCCGAUGAGUUAUUCUUGGCAGUUUUGCCGUGGAUGGCCUUUCGGUUCUACGAGGGUGAGUCGGGCCAGUCUUUCGAUGGCGACUUCGCCAAGUGGAUGUGGAAGAAAGCCAAAACGUGCGAGCUCUUCCAAAACUCGGGGGCGUCAUCCAGGAAAAACAGGUGGUUCCAGUGGACGCGCCGCUGGCGCGACAUCUCAAACAACGUCGGGUUCUUACUCGUUGCCUUGCUCUACGAGGGCCUCAACCUGGGAUGGUGGGCGACCCUGGGAGAUUCGCCCUUCAAGAGGCUGGCGGGGCCUAGGCCAGAAGACCACGGGGGGAGCGCUGGGGCGCCAGGCAACGCUGGAGGACCGUUGGCAGAUGCAGCGGGAACAGCCGUUGCGCCCGCGGCAGCUGCUGGCUCGGGCGGCGGCCCCCACGUUGGCCACGGCGCGGGGCUUGACCCAGGUGAGCUCGAGGCCGACAGAUCGAGAGGCGUGGCUGCUUCCAACGCGGGUUUGGACAGGUGGGCUAACAGGAGGAAUGCGCAGCAAGUGGCGGCGGACAUCCUGUGCAACCCACCUGUUUUGACACUAGCUGACAUGGUAUCUUUCCUGUCCGAGCCGAUUGACGAUGAGAGCGGCGUGACCUUGACGAUGCUCAAAACUCGCAGGGGUUGUCUGGAGUGGCACGCCCGCAUGGCCUCGAAUAGGGUCGACCACUUGUUCCAAGUCUGGGCUAGGGUUGGUGAUCCGAAGUUGCUCGCGAAGCUUGGCGUCACUAGCGCAGCGGGUCCUGCUGCAUCAGAGAGGAGGUACAUCCUUCAGAGCAUGUGGGAUUUGACAAGGGCCAUGAUCGGCAACGAACUCGAGUACAUUGGCACGUUUUCGCAAUGGCUUCCGGGGAAGUUUGCAGGCUUGAUCUCCCAUGACCUUGCGGUGAAGGGCGAGGCGAUUGAGUUCUGCAAGAAAUCAUUCCUCGCCUUGGAGGUUGCUGAACACGCUGCGUUCGACGAGCCAGCUCUCCAGCAGUGGUUGCGCCAGCUGGUGUGGGUCAAGCAGCCGUGGGUACGCGAGGUAUUAGUGUCUCUGGCUGAGACAAACUGGACCGAUGUCCCCAGCGACGUCGAGGAACAACUGAUGUCUGUAUUUUCAGGGCCUGGUGGGACCAAAGACGUGGAAGAUAUAUUCAACGUGGUGAGGAGGUGCACUGCAAAGACUUCGACUGGAGGCUUGAGGUCUGCAACGCAGUGGUAUCGCGCCAGUCACGCCCAGGUCCUGGAGGAAACAGGGAAGAAACAGCCAGAGGUGAAACCGAUUGACAGAAUAAGAAACUCUGGAAAACUCCCGGCCAGCAUGUUCAAGGGUUCGGCCUGCGAGUUCUCUCUCGAAGAUGCCGCGCUUUCCGAAUACAAGGAAGGCAAAUGGGGGCCAGCCCCCAGCCCCCAAAAUUGGUUGUUAGUGCCUUUGGCGCACCACGCCUUACUGUGGGCAGAAGGCGAUGCAACCAAACUGUUGAAUACUUGGCUGAGUUGCUUGGCUGUCAAAGGGACUGUCCUGUGCAAGUGGGGCGACCCUUUGGGCGACGAGGCUUUGCUCGUGAUGAAGGUUGGCCCUCACGGUGCGUACUGUUGGAAAGCCUCGGCGCGCUCCGUGGAUGGAGAAACGUUUCUGACUCCGAAACUUCAUCCGGACGCAGUCGAAAUCGUGCAUAUCCAUUCGCUGACCACUUGGGCUGUUUUCACGGUGGGUCCCGUCACCGCCAGUGACAUGUUAGUUCGUUUCGGGGGCCAGGUGUUCGCUCUAGGUAUUUCCAAAGCGCUGCUCAGGGUCAAGGAUGAGAAGCCCUGGACAGUGCUGGAGGCAUCCGCAAUUGAUGGAUUUCGAAGUUUGACGACUGAACACAUGUCAAAGCUGUGUCGGCAUCUCGGUAUUAGGAAUGACAGCGGCUCCAUGCCAACCACCGAGGCGGAGUUGGCGAAGCUUCUGGUGAGGCGCGUGCUGCACUGGCUUGAUGACAGCGAAGUAGAGGAUAUCCUCAGCCAGAGGAAGAAAACAUAA